GUCGUCUUUGCCAAGCAGAAAAUGACGGUUUGUAGCGAUUUCCAUCACAUGCACAACAUUCCGGACGAGAUAGCGAGACCAGCGGGGUCUCCGUGGAUUGUUAUCGGAAGCAAAGCGAAGGAGAUGGCGCCGGGAGCGGAAGCAAAAGUGAGGCUGCAGAGCCGGCCUGUUGACUAAGCUCAGAAAACAGCCACUCAAAUCUCCACUGCUAAGCCUCUACCUCUCCAACGCCAGAUCCAUGUAAACAAGACGGACGAUUUGGAAUUACAGCUGGAAUUACCUUAUUCUAUUCUAUAAUCGGCUGGUCAGUGCUAUACUCAAUACUUAAGUGACUUACCCAUCCAAUGAGGAUUCUUGUUUACAAGAUGCCACAUCUGAGUCGCUGACAAAUCCUGAAUUUCUGUAAAGAAAACUGUCCAGAGACUUAUAGGCACGCAGUGCUUCACCACUGAACAGCGAGGGAAAGUUGAUGAGACGAGAUGCCAGUUCCAAAGAAGAAAAAGAAGGCGGCGGCCAAGCAGGAGGAGAGCACGGAAGCAGCCGAGGUUCCUCAAGGAGAUGGGGGGAUUGAAAUGGGAGGUCUGGCCAGUCCGAGACAAUCAGAAAGCCGAGACCGUUUAGCUCCCGAGCCGCCUGAAAACCUGCCGCAGAGGAAGAAAAAGAAGAAGAAAGCUGAGACAGUCGAUCAGGACUGCGAUCAGGCUAACCUGGUGCUGAACGGCGACAUGGUAGAUCAGAACUCGGAUGAGGAAACAAGACAGAAACCGAAGAAGAAAAAGAAGAAGACAAAGACAAAAGUGACAGAAACGGAGCAGAAUAACGACCUGGGUGUUGAAGACGAUGACAUCAUCACGGGUGCUCAGCUUCCUAUCCCCCAACAUGCCUUGUUCUCCAUUCCUCAGGGUCAAAGUCAGCCUGUUGCCAAGGUGUUCAUCGAGAGGGGACGCCGUUUUCAGCCAGCUGAGCAUAUAGAUCGGCCUCGGACCAGCAAUCCGACGGUGCACAACUUCGUGGACGUCCAGUCCACGUGGACCACCAGAGACGUGUCCGUGAGAGUACACCGUGGGUUCAGAGUGAUCGGUUUGUUCUCUCAUGGCUUUCUGGCUGGUUAUGCUGUCUGGAACAUUAUCGUGCUCUACAUUUUGGCCGGAGAUCAGAUGAACGCUCUGCCGAACUUACUGCAGCAGUACUACAUGCUGGCAUACCCUGCACAGUGCCUCUUUUACUUCCUCCUGGCCCUGAGCACCGUUUCAGCCUUCGACAGAGUGAAUCUCGCUCAGGUACCGACUGCCGUCAGGCGUUUCCUCACACUCGAUCCUGUGGCGCUCGCCUCGUUCUUAUAUUUCUCAGCACUGGUUCUGUCUCUAAGCCAACAGAUGACUAGUGAUCGCGUUAAUCUCUACCACAGUGUGAACGCUUCAUUAUGGCUGCCUGGCUCAGAGCGCAGCGUGCUGCAUCCCUGGAUCAUAGUACAUCUGGUGGUCACGCUGUUGGUGGGCUUGGCCUGGGUCCUAGUGUCCACCUCCCCAGAUGUGGAUUACACAGAAGAUUCCUUGAUGGCAAUGAAGAUCGAACAGCCCGGUGUGGCGGAGAAAGGAAGCAUCGCUGCCUGAGCAGCAGCAACGGAUGAAAUGUUCCUAAACGAAGAUUGAACGCUACUAAAUUUAGACUUAGGUCAAAGAGCUCGGACAGUUCCUUCGCACCACUGUUUAUUUCAACUUAAUCAUGUACAAAAAAAAAAGUACAUCCCAUGCAAAUUUUAGACUUAACAUUCAAACAAACUUCACAUUUUUGAUACAGUGCCUACAGGUAAAGGUGAGAUUCAUGAAUACAAGGAAAAUCAGCUCUUUCAAUCACUUCUCCAUUAAAAAUAAACAGAUGUAAUAUCCUGUGAGGAAAGUAAGUACAUCCUCAGCAGCUAGUAUUGCUUCUUUAACAGAAAUAACUACUUGUAGAGGUUUUGCAUAACUGUUUGCCAGUCUGAUAUUGGGUUGCUGAAUUUUUUUGACCACUUCCAUCCAGGUACAAGAUGGUUAAAGUGCAUAUCCUGAACAAAUUUUUUUUUUUUUUUAAUAAAGAAGUCUGUCCCUUUA